AGAGACACGAACGGCUCCCUGGGAGACAUGGCUGGGGAAAGAUGAGAGUCCAGUCCACGGUUUUUUCUCAUCCUCGUGUUUGUUUUCUUGAAAAGGCUCCAGGCUCCGGCUUGGAAAACCGAACCGCCAAAAUUGAGCCCAGCAGCUGGAGCGGCAGCGAGAGCCCUGCCGAGAACAUGGAAAGGAUGAGUGACUCUGCAGAUAAGCCGAUUGACAAUGACGCCGAGGGCGUCUGGAGCCCCGACAUCGAGCAGAGUUUUCAGGAGGCCCUGGCUAUCUAUCCACCGUGUGGGAGGAGGAAAAUCAUCUUGUCAGACGAAGGCAAAAUGUAUGGUAGGAAUGAACUGAUCGCCAGAUACAUCAAACUCAGGACAGGGAAGACGAGGACCAGAAAGCAGGUGUCUAGUCAUAUACAGGUCUUAGCAAGAAAGAAAGUUCGAGAAAUUCAAGCCGCCAUUAAGGUGUCUAGUCACAUUCAGGUUCUUGCCAGAAGGAAAUCUCGUGAUUUUCAUUCCAAGCUAAAGGUGACCAGCAUGGAUCAGACUGCAAAGGACAAGGCCCUGCAGCACAUGGCAGCCAUGUCCUCAGCACAGAUAGUGUCGGCCACGGCCAUCCACAACAAGCUGGGGCUGCCGGGGAUUCCACGUCCCACCUUCCCGGGGGCGCCGGGGUUCUGGCCGGGAAUGAUACAAACAGGGCAGCCGGGAUCCUCGCAAGACGUCAAGCCCUUUGUGCAGCAGGCCUACCCCAUCCAGCCAGCAGUCCCGGCCCCCAUUCCAGGGUUUGAGCCUGCAUCCGCCCCAGCACCCUUGGUCCCUGCCUGGCAGGGCCGCUCCAUCGGCACAACCAAGCUUCGCCUGGUGGAGUUCUCAGCCUUCCUGGAGCAGCAGCGAGACCCGGACUCGUACAACAAACACCUCUUCGUGCACAUUGGCCAUGCCAACCAUUCGUACAGUGACCCAUUGCUCGAAUCCGUGGACAUUCGUCAGAUUUACGACAAAUUCCCUGAAAAGAAAGGUGGCUUAAAGGAACUGUUUGGAAAGGGCCCUCAAAAUGCCUUCUUCCUCGUAAAAUUCUGGGCGGAUUUAAACUGCAAUAUCCAAGAUGAUGCCGGGGCUUUUUAUGGCGUGACCAGCCAGUACGAGAGUUCUGAAAAUAUGACGGUCACCUGUUCCACCAAAGUUUGCUCCUUUGGGAAGCAAGUGGUAGAAAAAGUAGAGACGGAGUACGCAAGGUUUGAGAAUGGCCGAUUUGUGUACCGAAUAAACCGCUCCCCGAUGUGUGAAUAUAUGAUCAACUUCAUCCACAAGCUCAAACACCUACCUGAGAAAUAUAUGAUGAACAGUGUUUUGGAAAACUUCACAAUUUUAUUGGUGGUAACAAACAGGGAUACACAAGAAACCCUCCUCUGCAUGGCCUGUGUAUUUGAAGUUUCAAAUAGUGAACACGGAGCACAGCAUCAUAUCUACAGGCUUGUAAAGGACUGAACAUGCUUAUUUAUAUAUAUAGAUACCUGUAUAUAUACACACACACACAUGCGCGCGCACACAAACACACGUGCACACACAUACACACUCCAUUAUCGAACGACUGACAGACUGUAAACCUCCCCACCCGGGGGUGAUGCCCUAGCCCUGCGGUCACCCCACCCCCCAACUUUUCUAAACCUUGUUUGAGUGAAGUCAUUUUCCAUGUGUUCCUGCCACCACUGUAGCUGUGAAGUUCUGGUUCAGUUGUUAAAACAAGAGAAAUAGCGUUAUUUCUGUGUCCUUCGGACCUGCAGUCCCCAAUCCUUCAAGGAAGGAGGACCCGAGACCUGAGUCUCUGUCGGCAGAGACCUGUGUCCAGUUGUGGUAGAAACAAGUGGGAUGAACAUUUGCCACAGGACAUUUACAGCCUUGAUUCAAAUGAAUUUAGUUCCUUUUUUUUUAAUCCAACAUAAAACUCUUGUUUUAAGAUACAAGUAAAAUUAAUCUUUAAAUAUAAUUGUAAAUGAGUACACAAAACUAAGAAUCUUUAGACUUAUCUUUGUAACUAAUUAGGGUGGAAGUUAUGGAAGAAUGUAAUUCACUAAAUUAUUUUUUAAAUGAAAUCUUUUUUUUUUGUUUUUGAAAACCAAAUGUUAAAAAAUACAGCCUUAAAUGCUUGGUAGGAAUAUCCUAAUGAGACAAAUUUGUACCCUCUUUUUUGGUUUCUUUGUUCCUCAAGGUUAAAAACUAAUCUCCUAAUCCAUUUUUAACUCUUAAACAGGUAUUAUUACCAAGAAAGAAAACGUCACCCCCUUAUUCUUAACAUAUAUAGUAUAUUUAAAAAUAUAAAAUUAUAUUGUACUAAUGUGAUGAUCUGAUUAUUUAAUGAAAAAAAAGAACAGAUGGCUCUUUUUGCAAUAAGUUAGAUACAUAUUGAAAAUUUACAAUGUUUAGUCUUGUGUGUGCAGUUAUAUUUUAUAUGGACAACCAAGUGUUUUUUUUUAAUUAUUAUGAAGAUGAGUAAAUAUUUGAACCACUGAAAUUUAAUCACAGAAUUUAAAAUUGGCAUGAACACUGCACUGUGAGCGGCAAGGUCUAGAAAGUCCUGUGGCUAGGAGAAAACUCCAUCAGUCAAACUAGGGAAAGGAAGGCUCAGCUGCUUUGUGCAUCUCUGCUCCCCAGAAAGUUGCGAGCAUCCUCACCAGCCUGUGGGUGACUUCUUUUCUCCUGGUGGUCCACUGUCCAUGUGAUCUUGCUAGUGCUUUAAUUAGUGUGUGUGUGUGUGUGUGUGUGCGUGCGCGCGCGCAUAGACACACAUCGGCAUGUGGAGUUACUCAACACUUAUUUAUUGAACAUCUAGUUUAGUGUCACUCAGUUUACUAGGUGCUGAUAGGUAUGUAUAUCUCCAUCUGUAUCCGUAGAGCUAGAUAGUUUAUCUCUAAGGACAUCCAUUUACUUGACCUCUCUCAGUAAGUCCCAGUGCUGGCUUGACUUCCAGUUAAAGAGAGACCAGUUGUCUAUCUGGCCUUUGCAAACAGGCUCAUUUGAGAGGUUCUCUUCCUGGGAGAGGUUUUCAGCUUUCCAAUCCAAAUAUUCCAAAGCAUUGCCCAGGCUGAGUUGGUUUGAUAUGGCCAUAUGUCUUGGGUGAUUUCUAAGUGCUUGACUGAGUAGAAGACAAGAGGGUACCCCUCCUCCCCACAGCUUCUUGAAGGUAAAACAACAACAACAACCAAACUCGGUCAUUACUGUGACUAUGUUCAAACAGGAACAUAGAAUAGGAAAUGAAUUUUGAGUGCUGUGAGCAUGGUCGAGACUGCUUCAUCAAGCCAGAAAACAGACACUUCCUUCUGCCAUGCCCAUGUCCCUCCACAGGCCCCUUGCCUUCUCGGCAUCUGCUUUGACCCUGUCUGCACACUUGGUCCAAAUCUGGGGGGCAGCACCAUAAGGUAUGGCUGACCCCUGGUGGCAAACUAAUGAAGACUGUCAUUGGGAAGAGCAGGGAGGAAAGGCAAACCUCCCUCCACCAAGACUUCCGUUUGUGCUGGCUCCAGAGGGCCUCUGAGGAGCCCUUCACACCAGCUGUCUGCCCUUCAGUCCGCCUCCAGCCCAGGCGUCUACGCGUCUCACUUCUGUGGCUACCACGUUCGCAGUGACCUUUCCUGGCCAUCCCAUUUAGGGAUGUUUCUUUUGCUCUGUUUCCUGCGUCUGUCCUCGAGGGGGAGCCCCUAGUCUCCUGUGGCCAGGACUCCCGAAGGGGUGGGGGUGGAUGGGGGCCGCACAUUGUCUUAGGCACUUCAGACCCAGGCCAUUCCAGACCUCAGAGGGUUCACAGUCACACACAGAAUGAUCGUGCUGCCGGAAGGCGGGCGCUCAGGCUUCACUUUGCAAAGCACAUUUUGUGGGAGCCAGGCACAUUUUGUAGAAGACGGCGCUCCAGCUGCAGAGGAAGAAAUACCCUCUCUGCUGAUCUCACUCACUGGCCCUCUGUGCCCUCUUCUCCUUGUGCCUGUGCACUUGAGUUUCAGGGGGUUGCAGAAUUGAGUUAGAGGGUUACUUUCUACUCUUAAAAAUGUAUAAGUUGUUUUAUCAUUUGCAUCUUCUCUUGUUCAAGAGCUACCAGACAGAUAUUUUCCUUAAUGCUUGGACCUCUCUCUGCCCCUCCCAAGUGAGAAGCUAGAGAGAGCUUUGUGUUGUAACAGCCAAGCUGAGGUAUUCUCGUGUUCCUCACACUGUGUGGCCAAUUCUUCUCCCCUGUCUUGAAAGCUUCCCAGCCCUAAACCAAGCCCUGGCCACGCUGCUCGCUGUUGGCACUCCGGUGCUCUGUCUGUCUCCCCUCCCCUGCCAGGUCGGCUUCAGGGACACCUCCUGCUUUCACUGGCACGUUUGGAGACAUCUUUUCUGGAGCUGAAGACCAGGUCUCUGUUGGCCUUCGUUUCCAUCUUAGUGAGAGGCCUGCAGUAGAAUCCAGGCUUCUUCAGAACAUGUCCUAGAACCACACGUGUACCCCAGCUUCCCUCCUAGGUCCCCCAGCCUCAGCUUUCUGAACCAGAUGGUUCCUUGUUGCAUUGUAGGAUGUUGGGCAGCAUCCCUGGCCUCUAGGCACCGGAAGCCAGGGGAACAAUCCCCCCAACCCUCAUACACACACACAUACACACGCACGCACACACACACACACACACACACACACCCCAGUUGUGACAACCCAUAAUGUCUGGAGAGACAGUGCCAAGUGUCCCCUAGGUUGCUGGGUUACCAAGGUUGAGAACCACUGCCGUCAGCCUCACAGUGCCAGAGCCUCUCAUUGAGAUGGGUGCUCCUUGCCAACUCACCGGGCCCACGUCGGUCGUCUCCCGCAAGGCCUGGUUGAGCUCACCAGUACAUAGGGAGGGGCAUUCAGUGAGUGACGUGGUGUCCACAUGCCUGUUUCAGAGCUUCUGUCAGUAACACCCUCACUCUCUUGCUACAAGUAUUCUUUCCUUUGUAGCUGAGGAAGCCGAGCCUAGCAGAUCACCCUCAUCUCUGUCAUCAGCCCACACCAGUGGAAAGAACGCUUCCUGUUUGAUCCUCAACCCUAGUGUACCGCACCAGGAUUCAAAACAAGACAGAAAACCUAGAUACUUUCAUACACUUAGGGGUCUCAUGAUCCAGCCUUUCAUCGUUUCCGUAAAUCUCCUCUGGGCUGCCGCUCCUUUCUGCCUUACAAUCAGCACUGUUUGUAGAAUUUACGGAAGCCUCUGGAACAUUUCUGUUUACCUCUAGGGGCGAAGGAGGGAGGCACAGCUUCUGUUCUUUGGGGUUGUAGAUGGGAAAGCUGAGUGAGACCCCCAAGGGGAGAUGGCUUGCCCAGAGUCACCCCUGUGGUUAGUGUGACAGAAUAAGAGUGAGGCGUUGAGACCGCUGCCACUUAACCCAUGGAUCUGUCUGGUGGCAGUUGCCCUCUUUAGUGCCCUGUGCUUCGCUGCUCCCUCAGAGGGGUGUGGGCAGGGGCAGUUCAGAAGUGAGAGAAUGAUAGGCCCUUCCUUCUGCUGAAGCACCUGCUUCUUCUGACAAUACUUCUUCCCACUGGUGGGUCCUGUCAGGCGGUAGCUGCCUGGGGCAUUCGCAGCAGGUACAACAAGCCGGUGAGCCUUCCACCUACGCUGAGGACAAUUCACUUGCCACAGGCCGCUAGCCCAAUCUCUGUUCGUUAAAGCAUCCCAGCAGACCAGCCAAAAAGCAGCCCCCGUGCGAGCACUUGGUGUUAUGAGUCCCCAGGUGACUUUCAGACCCGAGUCUCCCAUAGGUUUCAAUACCGUUAGUGGCUUUAGCAACUUGUUUUUGGUAAUUUUGUUUGUUUCUGUAUACCCGUAACUUAUUGGAAUCCUAUGACGUGACCGUCACUCUGACAAACCAGGUACAUGUAAUUUGUACACCUUUUUCUGUGUUCUGGUACACUACACCUGUGCUACCGACUGCUCGAACCGAUUCCCGCGUGUUGGUGUCCCCACCUGUGCACGUCAGGGAGGGCGUGUCCGCAUUGCUGACGUCGUGUGGAUGUUACUGUGGCAGCGCCCUGCACCUGUUGUCCUUUCUGAAAAGCCUUAAGCCUCUCGAGAUGUUGCACGGGGGGCGUGCCAUGCAAAAGGCUGCCUCGGGAACGGUGAGCCCUUUUGUAAGCUGGGAGCAUUUCUCUUACUACUGUGACUUUUUUAGGAAGUUUUCAAUGCAGAGCUGCCAAAGCGUUCUAGUAAGCAGUGCCUUAGAGACACACUAGACUUGCCACCAGCCUUUCUGACCCCCGUUCUCGUCACCCACUGCUGACUGGCCCAGUACGUACAGCCAAACAACAGCUCCACACACCGUGCGUUGGUCCUCAUGCGCAGUAAGUCCACGCUCCUCCAGUUCUGUAGGACACGGACGACUUGGCCUGCAGUUUGCGCCCCGGUCGGUUCUCUCCAAAGUCCACCCCCAAACGGGAGGGUUACAACUUGGUAGUUGAUUUCUGAACAAGUGAAAUUGUACCUUUAACGUUGCCUUUUUUAAAGUCCUGACCAAAUACUUAGCUAUUUGUGAACCGUCUGCACCCUAGCAUGAAAGUGCCUUUGGUUUGAGAUUCCAGCUUAGAGAAGUGCCGCCAUACUAACGAAGCUUUGUAGAGAGACCAAAAACACUCUGACAUCACCACAAUGCCUUCGGCUCACUGGGAUGAGGAACUGGCCACAGGCCUCUGCUCACACAAGAGUCUGCCCAUUGGGGCGCCCCUUCUGCCCCACGCACCAAGAGCAGGGUGGAGCCCAGAAGCUGUGGUCCGCUGCACGUGUGUGCCAUUUCAGCUCGCCCCAGCCUUCCAUCCGAGAGAGCGAGCUUUCCGCACAGAUGAAGGCGGCGGCGGCGGCGGCCUCUCGGCCUGUGGACGAUGUGACGGCUUUGUCCUCCUCGUAUCCGUGUCCAGCCUCCACGGGGGCUCCUGCCCACUCAGACGACAGCGUGCACGUAACUGGGUUUACCCAGUGAUACCAUUUUGAAAGUUGGAAGCCUCGAACCGAGAUGACCGUGCAGAACAAAAAUGCGUUAGGGUCGCUGUAAUGGCGCAUCCUUCUCCAGGCGAACGUGUGGCCUCGAGCGUCCUGUACACAUGUGCUACGAGAAACUUCCAAAGAGCACCAUUCACAAUUCGGCGUCUUCACAGAAUGUUCCAGCCCUCAGAGGGCCAACCCCUUUAAAAGCCCGUGUCUGCUCUGAUCAAAGCCUUGUCUAAACUGCUCAGACUGGGAGAGGUCAAGAUGAGUGAGGAAGACGAGCAAGCAAACAUGACAAACACCAGCCAAA